GGAAAAUGAGUGGCGAAAAAUGAACUAUAUUUUUUGUGUGGAUGACGGAGAUUGAGCACUGCACUGAGCAGAUGAGGUGCGGUGGGCUCGGUCUGCUCCAUGCAUUUAUUUCCGGUCGCAUUUUAUAUUCACAAUGUUAGGUAUAAGUGUAUAGACCACUGAGUUUGUGGGUAUAAAAUUGGUGCGAGAGUUCCCAACACUCUUUAACUCGCUUCAUAAUUGAAGACCCAUUUCGUUAACUCUUCUCUUGAUAGAGAAAGGAGCCCAAUUGUUUGAGAUUUUGCCUACAAGAGCUCUGAGUUUUUGAAAAUGGCAGCACAAAUGCAAUGGGUUGUUUCACCGGUGGAGUUCUUUGCUAAGCUCGGGUCAUCUGAGGUUAAAGAAGGGAGGCUUGGAUUGCUCAGGAGAACUCAGAGGAAAAAACCCAUUUUGAGAGCGUUCUCAAUUUACACAGAUUCAAAGACUGCCGCCCAAGUGAGCACUGCGAGUGGAAGUGGUGCUGAUGGUUUCCCUUUGCUAGCUACAUUGGUAGCCAACCCAGAUGGCGAAAUUGCAAUAUCUUCUGAGGAAAAAGUGUAUGAUGUGGUCCUUAAGCAAGCUGCUCUAGUUAGGGAGCAGCUGAGUUCUAACGUUGCUACUGAUGUGAAUCCUGAGUUGGCUGUUCCUGGAUCAAUGGACUUGAUGAAGGAAGCUUAUGAUCGAUGUCGCGAAGUUUGUGCUGAGUAUGCCAAGACCUUUUAUUUGGGAACACUGCUUAUGACCCCUGAAAGGAGGAAGGCCAUCUGGGCAAUCUAUGUGUGGUGUAGGAGGACAGAUGAGCUUGUAGAUGGACCCAAUGCAUCUCAUAUCACAACUUCAGCUCUUGACCGUUGGGAGUCAAGAUUGGAGGACCUUUUUGCUGGUCGGCCCUAUGACAUGUUUGAUGCUGCCCUAUCUGAUACUGUCAGAAAGUUUCCAGUUGAUAUUCAGCCAUUCAAGGACAUGAUCAAAGGAAUGAGGAUGGAUCUCAAGAAGUCUAGAUACAAUAACUUUGAUGAGCUUUAUCUCUAUUGCUAUUAUGUAGCCGGAACUGUAGGAUUAAUAAGUGUUCCUGUAAUGGGGAUUGCACCAGAGUCUCAGGCGACAACUGAGAGCGUCUAUAACGCUGCUUUGGCUUUAGGAAUUGCAAACCAGCUAACAAACAUACUUCGGGAUGUUGGUGAAGAUGCAAGAAGGGGAAGGAUUUAUUUGCCGCAAGAUGAACUUGCACAAGCGGGCCUUUCAGAAGAGGAUGUGUUUAAUGGAAAAGUGACUGAUAAGUGGAGGAAAUUCAUGAAGGACCAAAUUACAAGGGCAAGGAUGUACUUUCAUGAAGCGGAGAAAGGAGUGGGCGAGCUCAGUCAAGCUAGUAAAUGGCCGGUUUAUGCUUCUCUGUACUUGUAUCGGGAAAUUCUUGACGAGAUUGAAGCAAACGGUUACGACAACUUCACGAAAAGGGCGUAUGUAAGCAAAACCAAGAAGCUAGUGACCCUGCCUAUGGCGUAUGGGAGAUCGCUAAUCAGUCCUUCGUUAUAACGCAGAGGUAGAGAUUAGCGCUGCUUGGGCUUUUGUUGUAUGCAUACAAGAACAAAAACAUGUGUGAGGAAUUAUAUUCCCAUUGUUAUGAUUUGUAGAGAUUUUGUUGUAUUAUCUAACUGUGAAAAAGGAAAUGGUGGGGGGAAAAGAAAAAGGAAAAUUUCUGUCUAGAGGAAGUGACCACUUUUCA